UGUUUCCUUUUCUGCUUUCAUUCGAUGGCUGUCGGUCGACGGACUCGGUCGGAACUCGCGUAUCGAAAUCGCGCACAUCAGUUUUCGCGUUUGUGUUUUAAUGUAUUCUUUCCUCCGUCUCAUCAUCCUCCUUCUUUCUGCCGUUGUUGUGUGAAUAUAAAUUUCAUUGGAAGGAAGAAUUUUGGGGGAAAAAAGUCAAUCAAUCGUCGCGAAACGAAAAGUGUCUCGCCCGUGAUUCAUUUUUCAAGGCUUCGGUUUUUUGUUCGGUGAAUUUGGGAUUGUGAAAAUUGUGAAUGGGUGAAAAAUGUAGCGGAGCUUGCUUUUAUUGAGCGCUUGUUCGUGUUGAAGAACGGAAAGCAAAGAACGUGGAGUAAAAAAAGGGUGAAGAAAAAUUUGCAUUCGGCAGCAGAGAAGAUUUUCUGUGCGGCAGCAGCACCAAAUGCGUGUGUUUUUUCGCUGUUCGAUGUGAAUGUCUGUGUGUAAAAGUGUGUGUUUGCUCUGCCAUUAAAGAUUUCUAGUGAAAAUAAAGUUUUAUUCUUGGUCAAUUCGUGAAGAAAGAAGAAAAGGGGACUUUCCUCCCCAAUAACAACCAUCAUCAAAGUGGGAAGCAGCAGCAGGCUGUGCCUUUUGUGGAGUUUGCAGUGAACAAAAACCAUCCGCUAGGAAAAUGUCAACAUCGGAGAGAGUGGAAUGGGUGGAAAUCAUCGAACCUCGCACCAAGGAGCACAUGUACGCAAACCUGACGACGGGCGAAUGCGUCUGGGAUCCACCUGAGGGCGUGAACAUCAAGCGCACCGAUGCAUCCCAGUGGUGGGAGCUGUUCGACACCAACACCUGCCGAUUCUACUAUUACAACGUGGCCUCUCAGAAAACGGUCUGGCACAGGCCGCAGAACUGUGAUAUCAUUCCACUGGCCAAGCUGCAAACCCUCAAACAGAACACCGAUCCCGGCGAUCGGAAGGAUGGCGGAGGUGGUGGAACUCUGCAGCAUCAUCACAGCUCUUCCAAGCACGGUGGGGGCUCGGGAACGGUUGGGAAAUCUUGCGGCCAUCGGACGGGAACCGGAGUGAUGGACUACAGGGAUCGAGAUCACCACCGGAGUUCCAGCUCCGGGCAUCGAGGGGGCCAUCACGACAAGCGAAGCAAUAGUGACCUGCUGGCGAGUCCACAGGGGAGACACAGUUUGCAGCACAGACUACCACCCAAAACCACCGUCACUGACGCUGGGUUCUCGAUUGGCCGUACCGGCACGGGCGAAUCUCAUAAAUUUUGCAGGCACGGUCAUCCCAAUAACUCGUCGGGAGGCACCGGUUCCCGUAGCAGUCAGAAGUACCUGGACUCGGGUAAGUCCAGCGAUAGCAGCCUCUCGAGUGCCCAUGGCUACCACCAUCGGCGCAUGCCGGACGGUGGCAGCCUGCGGAUAAGUUCCGGAACCCACGGGAAGAAGCACCCGGGUAACUCCACCGGGGACAACUGCAGCUAUCGAAUGCUCCAGGAGAGUUCAAGUUCGCACAACAUUCCACACUCGGUACCAUCGUCAUCUACGGAGAAGCUCGGAAUCUCGUCAUUGCACCACUCGCCAUUGCCGCCGCCGCACCAGAUGCUAUCGUACUCGAUGUCUAACUCAUCAGAUCUCGCAGGCGGUGGCGGCAACCUAUCAUCUCCGUCACACUCGAUGAGCACGCCGCAGUUCAAGAAGAAAUUUAUGCAUGACGGCAUGGGUUCUAAGUCGGGUAGCACUGGCAGCGGUCACAAGGACGGCAGCAGUGGACUGGUGUCGAAGCACGAGAGUUUCGAUUAUCCCGGAAAUGCUUCGUCAGCGAUCUCACUGACCCGGUCGGGAAGCUUCCUUUCGUCGGCUGGCAUCACCUCGGCAGGUCCUAUGGUAGGGACUCCGGUGUCUGGACGACCUUACCACCAUCACGCUUCGCCACAGGCCGCCCAACCUCAGCAUGGAGGUUCCUCGCACAGAAAGGGCAGCUUCGACGGUAACAACGGUGGUGCCAGCGACGACUCGAUGCACGAAAAGUACUUCAAAUCCGUCGAGAACACUCCCGUCACUCGGCGACGCCAUACGACUACAUCCUCCUCGAAGUCAUCAUCCGUGCAGCAGAAACACUCCAGCGAUUCUAGUCCGCAGAGCCCCAUCAGCCCACAGCAAGCGCAACAACAGCAUCAACAGCGGAUCGCGCGGCCAUCGGCCCUGGCCGUUGAGUUGUCACCCAGCUCCGCAUCCGCCGCUACCAACUACAACAAAUCUAGUCAGAAAAGUAACGACCCCGAGCUGUUCAACCUGGACCUCACCAGCAAGCCGGAGAAGUACCUGGAUAAGAUGAAGAUCGACAAGGGCAAGGUGUCGCCCAGUUCGAUCUCGAUGGGAGGCGGAAGUGGACCGCAGACGGCCAGCCUGCAGAAAACAUCCUCCUCCAGUGGAAAGCUAUCGUCUAGUCAAAGCGAAAUGGCCGCAGCUGCGGCAGCAGCAGCCGCUGUCCACAACAAGGCCAUCAGCAAAGAUCAGUUUUCGUUGAACCUGAACAAGCCGAACCUCGAAAGGCACAACAAGGAACUGCUACAACAGAAGCAGCUAACGCUGGAAAAGAAGCCCGUUUCCGGAUCGACGCAAACCGUGGCGUCCAACAAUUCAGCGUCGCACAAUAAAGGGUCGCUGCAGCAGCAGCAGUUACAACAACAGCAGCAGCAGCAGGAGCGGAAAAAGAGUAGGAAUCAAAACAAUCAAGGGACAGGGUUUGACUUCGAUUACGAUAACGGCAAUACGUCGCCACUGUACUGCAACUGGGAUAAGGAAAAGCUGGAGCACCUACUCCCGCUCCAACACUACAUCCUGGAGCAGGCCAAACUGUCCGGGUGCUACGGGUUCGGCGAGUUCCUCGAUUCGGACUCAUUCCACUCGGACAGCCAGUCGGAGCAUUCCUUCUCGGGCCACGAACCGGACAACGAGGACUCGGACCAUUCGGAUGGCCACGGCGACUACCUGUCGCAUUAUCCGUACGAGGAGUACGGUGCAUAUCGGAAGGACGACGGCGGCGGGGGCGUUUCCUACUACAACUUCGAUUUCAACCUUGGCGACCGAGAGGAGAAGGAAGAUAUUUCGGAAGAGGUGACGGCGAAGCUAGAGAGCAUCCCGGACCAGAUCUACAGUCCGGUGAAGAACCAUCCGCCACUGCACAAGUAUUCGCCGUUCCACAUGGCCAAGCAGAGCUUCGAAAGUUCCGGAUUUGGGACGGAUUCCGCGGAUCGGGGUGCCUCCGCAGACAGUAGUCAAACGGGUUCGCAGCAGAGUCAACAGAAGCUGAACAAAGCUACCCUGCUGCAGAGGUUCCAGGAGAACCUGCUGUCGCAUAGUCCCGGUAGCGUCGGGAACAACGGCAAGAUAGCAGAAAUGGCUCUGCUAAAGGAAUGCGACAUAGAGAAGUUUGCGCAGGAUAACCUGAAUCUCCACUCGAAGGGUAUCUUCCGGAAGAAGUCAUCGAUUCAGGAUAUGCUAAGCUGGACGCCGAAUGCCAUCAGCAGGCCGAUGCUUUCGCUGGCGAGAGACAAGGCCGGGAAGAAGAUGGCGACGGAGUUGUUCAAGUUGGUCCAGAUUUACAUGGGUGACCGGAAGGCACGGGUUGGGAUGAGUUUGAACUCGGUGGCUAUCGACAUUAUUGCAAUGGCAAUGGGUCAGGCGCAGCUGCGGGAUGAGUUGUAUAUUCAGAUGUGUCGACAGACGACGGAGAAUCCCAGUCGAGAUUCGCUGAUUCGCGGCUGGGAGUUGAUGGCCAUAUGUUUGUCGUUUGUUCCGCCUUCGCCCACUUUCCAGCCGGCACUGUUAGGGUAUAUCAACAGGCAUAGGGAUCCGACGUUUGCGACCAGUUUUCCGGAGGUCGGGAAGUGGCCGAUCCAUGUGCAGAUAUCGCACUAUGCAACGAUCGCUUGCCGGCGGUUAGAUCGGAUCGGUAGCUCCGGCCGGAAGCAGGCCAAGAAACCCACGGAGGAUGAUAUCAACCAGGCGAGGGAGCAGAUCUUCCGCGAUAGCAUGUUCGGCAAUACGCUGGGCGAAGUGAUGGAGCUGCAGAAGGACAAGUUUCCUGAUCUGCAGCUGCCGUGGAUUCAGACGACACUGUCCGAACAGGUUCUACUGUUGAACGGAAAGCAAACUGAAGGAAUCUUCCGAGUGCCAGCCGAUGUGGACGAGGUUAGCAUGUUGAAGAACCGUCUGGACCGAUGGGAGUUUCCCGAAAACAAAGGAACGAUGGAUGCCCAUGCCCCUGCAAGUUUGCUGAAGUUAUGGUACCGUGAACUGUACGACCCGCUGAUACCGGAUGACCUGUACGACGACUGCGUAGCUACAGAAGACCCAGUGGAAGCGGCGGCCAUUGUUGAAAAGUUACCAAAGAUUAAUCGAUUGGUCCUCACCUAUCUAGUGCACUUCUUGCAGCAGUUCGCCCUCCCGGAUGUAGUGGCCAGCACCAAAAUGGAUUCGUCCAAUCUGGCGAUGGUGUUUGCGCCGAACCUGCUGCGCUGCCAAUCACAGGACCCGAAGGUCAUCCUGGAGAACGCCCGCAAGGAGAUGGCCUUCAUGCGCACGCUGAUCCAGCACAUGGACACCUCCAGUGUGGCGUAUCUGGUUUGAUUUGGCGUCAUUUGCCGGAAGCUGGACGAGGUUUGUUUGUUACGUUUCUACGCCUGUGUGAUGCCGGUUUUCCACGGCACGCACGUCGGUAGAAAACCCAUGGCUUUCCGCCAAUGGGCGGAAGGACCACCAAAAAGUCAAAUUGUACAGUUUUUGUUUAUUUUUAAGAUUAAAAGUAUAGUCUGUUUUAUUUUUGUUUUUUA